AUGAAGCUCGAGAGCUUCAGCCUCGCGGCGCUCUCCGCGGUCCUCUUCGCCAGCAAGGCGGAAGCCGCGGCUGUAAACUGCUUCAAGGCUGACACGGACUACUUCGGCUACGACGUGGAGAAAAUUUUUGUUGGGGCUGCGACAGAGUCGGCAGAGAAGUGCCAGCAGGCAUGCAAGAGCAAAGAAGAGUGCUACUACUUCACGUACAUCCCCGAUCGAAAGCAAUGCUACUUGAAGGACAGUCAGGCGCCGAAUGGGGCUGUUACGAACCCGUUGGCGAUCUCUGGUCCCAAAGUCUGCUCUCCAGCGGGGACCUGCUACGAGUACAUGACUGACUACUACGGCUACGACCUGCAAAAGAUCGAAGACCAAUCAGUGCCACAUGCAGAUGACUGCCAGCGCCUGUGUGCGGCGAACGACCAAUGCCACUACUGGACAUUCAUUCCUUCAAAAUUCAGCUGCUAUUUAAAGUACAACGGUGCCACCGUGGGCCGGACCCCACACAGUGAGGCGAUCUCCGGUCCCAAGUCCUGCGGGGGUUCUUCGCCAGAGGGCAAUGGCGUGCCGUGCUACGAGGCAGACACGGACUACUUCGGUUACGAUAUCAAGAUCUUCGACAACAACCUCGUCGGCACAGCAGAAGAAUGCUACGGCCUAUGUCUCUCGUUCAACGAAUGCAAGUACUGGACGUGGGUCCCAGCACUGAGAAACUGCUACCUCAAGAGCGAGUACGCCCCCCUGGGCCGCGUGCACGCUCCUGGCACCAUGAGCGGACCCAGAGAUUGCAACGGCUCCAACCUGCCGCCGUGGGUUCCACCUCCGCCCGUCUACCCUCCUAUCGUGCCAGUGCCUCCGCCCUCUCCGUACCCGCCCUAUCCUAGUCCGACAACCACCACUACCGCGAGCACUACCACGGAGUCUUGCUACAAGUCGCACGUUGAAUACCCGUCAGGAACCCUGCGGCACCUCGUGACUGACUCAGCGGUUGCUUGCCAGAAACUCUGCCAGGCAGAACACGCCUGCUUCUUCUUCACCUUCAAGGCAGACAUCUUGGAGUGCACCCUCAAGGAUAGCACGGCUGGCAACACCCCGAUCCCCCGAAGGCACACCCUUUCCGGAUCCAAAUUCUGCGCGGACAUCAUGCCACCGGAGUUCCAGCCGUUAGAGAACCACAUUCCAACCCCUCCACUCCCUUCGCCUCCGCAAAUCCCUCCAGCCUAUCCAGGACCCUUCCCCGACCCUUCGCCCCCUAACACAGUUCAGGUUCCCUCAUGCGCCGAAGUGAACGUGGAGUACGUCAGUGACAUCCUGAGUGUCCUAGGAGCUGACUCACCCCAGGAAUGCCAAACACUCUGCAAGCUGACUGCGUCGUGCAACUACUUCACGUACCGAUCGGAUCUGUACAGAUGCUACUUGAGUACGAAACAAGGAACCGCUGCCGUUCGAGUCAACGCAUUCGCAGGCCCCAAAGAGUGCCCGAAUGACCCUGUGCUUCCCCCGUCUACUGGAUCGACGUGCUUCAUGCAGAACAAGCUGCUGGUGGGUAACCUUGUUGAAACAACAACGGCGGCCAGCGCGUUGAAGUGCCAAGAGAAGUGUGCAAGCACUCCCAAGUGCAACUACUUCUCUUUCCAGAUUAUGUCCACCAGCUGCCACAUGUUCCGACAGGUAAACGGGGUUAAGGAAGAAGGAACCACAGUUUCCGGCCCUAAGAAAUGCGCCGACAGCCAGGCCACCGACCCAUGCUUCAAUGAAGGUUUCCACUUUGGUCAGGUUCUCAAGAGACAUAAUGGGGUCUCCAGUGCCAAAGAGUGCCAGCAGUUGUGCGCCAGCUUUCCCCAUUCAUGUGUCGGCUUCACCUACGAGAACGCUUCACAGAAGUGUUUCUUGAUGUCCCAAACUGACGGUAUUCAAAUUAACGCAGCGUUCGUCGCGGGACCCAGGCAGUGCCCUACUUUUUAA